AUGCCGAAGUUCUUCUGCGACUACUGCGAUGUCUACCUCACCCACGAUUCGAUGAGCGUCCGUAAAGCUCACAACAGCGGUCGCAACCACUUGCGCAACGUUGUGGAAUACUACCAGGCGAUCGGACACGAAAAGGCGCAAGCAGUAAUAGAUGGGAUCACAAAUAGCUAUGCAGCAGAAGGACAAGCUAUGCCAAGUGCUCCAGGCCUAAAUUUUGGUGCUCCUGGCAGCGCUCCAUUUCCUCCACCAAAUGGCAUGCCACCGGGUUUCCCUCCCAUGCCGGGUAUGGCGGGUGCGAUGCCCCCGGGGAUGCCCCCAAUGCCUCCGGGCUUUCCACCAAUGAUGGGUGGGCGAGGAAUGCCACCGCUACCUCCCGGUUUCCCUGCGCCUCCUGCAGGCUUUCCCCCAGGUUUUGCCCCUCCUGGUAUGCCAGCUUUUCCACCGAACGGAGCUCCUGGACAUGCGGGCUCACCACCUGGAGGAAUGCCUUUUCCGCCUCCUGGUAUGCCUCCGGGAUUUCCCCCUGGCCCAAGCCCGGGUCCAGGUCAACAUCAGUUCCCUCCUCGUCCUAGUGGUGGUUACGGCGGUCCGCCAGGUCAUUAG